GCGAUGAAGAGGAGGGGGGGAGUCAGCGAGUGAAACCAGGCUUUUUCUGGCGAUAUUAGCUAAACAGUAACUCUAGCCCCCGGGCGCAAACCGUAAUACAAACAAAAUAAGAUUUCUAAUGUUUCUAAAGAAGAAUAAUAAACUUAAAGGGGUUUUAGUCGUCAGCUGUUCCGUUUAUAAGUUUCUUUCUCCCCCCCCCGUUUUCAAACUCCGAGGCUCCAUCUUGCCUUUUGAUUGACCGCAACAUAUAGUUUUUUUUUCUGGGUGCUGAAUUUUUCCCCCUGCUGGAAAGAAAUAAGGCAACAGUGGAAGGCUGGGAAAGAAAAAGGCACGGCGGAAAAUAAAAAAAAAAAAAAAGCGGUGGAAGAGAAAGUAUCAUAACAGGAGCUUCGCGGAAAAAAGUGGGGGGGACAGGUUGGAAAAACAGCAAGAAGAAACUGAGCAAGUGGGGAAGGAGACUUGCCAUAUAAUUCUUUUUUUUUUGGAGUCCGUUCAUUUUAUUGACAGCGAGCUUCACAUUAAAAAGGGGGAGCCACCAUGACAUCAGAAAUGCAGGAAAUUGCCAUCACAGAAGACAAGCCUUUACUCACGGGUCAGGCUGAUACUGCCAAGGAUGUUGCUGAACUGGCUGCAAGGAUACUCCUAGAUCAAGGACAGGAGCACAGCGUUGAGACCCCGCACGGCAUCCUACGCGUGACCCUCCACGGGACGCGGACCACCCGCCGGCCCGCCAUCCUGACCUGCCAUGACGUGGGUCUGGACAGUAAGAGCUGCUUCUCUCCUCUGUUUAAAUUCGACGAGAUGCAGGAGAUCGUCAAGAACUUCACCCUGAUUCACAUCGACGCUCCGGGCCAAGAGGAGGGGGCCUCUGCCUACCCUCCGGGCUACCAGUACCCCUCCAUGGAGACUGUCGCCGAGAUGAUCCCUGCUGUGCUGCAGUUUUUCAACUUCCGUACCGUGAUUGGAGUGGGGGUGGGAGCGGGAGCGUACAUCCUCUCCAAGUUCACACUCACUAAUCCAGAUUCAGUAGAGGGCCUGGUUCUGGUUAACAUCGACACUAACGCUAAAGGAUGGAUGGACUGGGCCGCUCACAAGCUCAGUUCUGUGACUUCCUCCCUCACAGAGCAGAUCCUAUGUCACCUUUUCAGUCAGGAGGAACUUUCAGCAAACACAGACUUGGUGCAGUCUCACAGAGAGCGGAUCUCCAAAGCUCCUAAUCUGGCCAACAUCGAGCUCUUCUGGAAGACGUACAACAGCCGCAGAGAUCUGAACCUGGACCGCAACUAUACCUUCAAGUGUCCAGUGAUGUUAGUAGUUGGGGAUCAAGCUCCGUACGAAGAUGCCGCUGUGGAGUGCAACAGCAAGCUGGACCCCACAUCAACUUCCUUCCUGAAGAUGGCCGACGCAGGCGGCCUCCCUCAGCUCACUCAGCCUGCUAAACUCACCGAGGCUUUCAAAUAUUUCAUCCAAGGAAUGGGUUAUAUGGCUUCCUCUUGCAUGACCCGCCUGUCCCGCUCCCGCACCACCUCGCUCUCCUCCUCCUACUCCAUGGACGGGUCCCGCUCUCGCUCGCGCACCCUGUCCCAGGGCUCGCAGGGGGGCCAGAUGCCGCCCAGCCCCUCCCAAACCAUGGAGGUCUCCUGCUGAAGAAGACUCCGCCCCCCUUCCACCACCUCACGACGGCAAGAGCGGAGAGCGACAAAGGAAAGAAGGGAAAGAGGCGAAGCGUGAGCGCAAAGAAAACGAGACGAACGAACGGCUUCCUCGAUCGGUCAAAACACGACUCCCACCAUCCCCUCCCCCCAAAAGCAGACAGAGAGAGAGAAAGAGAGAAAGAGAGGGCCUGUCCUCCAUGUUGGUCCAGCACAGAUGCAGUCUUUCAGCUAGAAUAGAUUAAAAGGAACCAGGAAGGAGCUGCAGAACAGGAAGCCGUCCUCUCUCCCUCUGUCAGCCUGUAGACCCCUUUAACCUAGAUCCAGAGUGUGGCAUGUAGAAGCUGCACUCAUCACUUUAACCCGUAGAAACUCGUCAGGAAGCAGAACUGAUGAUGAUGAUGAUGCUGAAGCUAAUGAUGAUGUAAUAGGAAAAAAACUGCAACACUUUUCUCUUUAUUACAUGAUUUUAAUAUAAUAUAGAAUAAAAAAAAACAUACUAUAGCAGAGAUACUUACUACAAUGUGUGUGUCCACUACUUUUACUGCUAGUUUCUAAUGUGUUUUUUUUUUUUUUUCUGAUUUGUAACCCGUCUCAACUAAUGGCUGAAGCGGUCAGCAAGAGCCAUUCCAGCGACUACAUGUGUGUCUCAAAAAAAAAAAAGUUUAAUAUAAUUAAAAACUUGAUUUAUUUCGGUUUUGUUCAAAAACUGAAACUCGCGUAUUAUAUGUAUUCAAUUUCAGUGAUGUAUUUCAAGCCCUUAAUUCUGUUGGUGUUGAUGUUUGUGGCUUACAGUUGAUGAAAACACAAAAUUCUAUUUCUUAGAAAAUAAAAGCUUUACACAAGACCAAUGAAAUAAAGAUUUUUUUAAAUAUAGAUGAAUAGUAGCUCAGUGUUCUGUAUGUACUGUUUUACAAAAUGAGCUUUUCUUUAAAGUCCUCUCACUGCUGCACACAUUUUUUUCUUUCCACACAACGUUCCAUCAAUUUGCAUAGACACUACACUUUAUUAUUAUUACUUUUUUUAGGAAAUACUUCUUUAUGGAUAUCUCUGCGAAAACCUGGGCAGCUAUCAUGUCAGCGCUGUCCACCUGAUGGGGUCUUUUUUCAUCAUAUGGGUAAAAUCCAACAAUUCUGUAUUCAAAAUUUAUUUUUAUUGAUCUUAUGUUCAAGUUUUCUGAGGAACAUAAUUUUGGGGUUUUCAUUGGCUGUAGGCCUUAAUCAACAGAAAUAAAGAUUUGAAAUAUAUUACUAUGUAUGUAAUGGAGUCUGUAUGAUUAGUUUCAGUUUUUGAAUCGAAUAACAGAAAUAAAUUAACUUUUUAAUGGUUUCCAGAUUUUUUUUUUUAAUUUUUUUUUGAGAUAAACAUGUUUUUCCUUCCUUGGUGUUGCCAGGUUUUUGGUUUUUUUUGUCUUCCACUCGUCCCGUCCUCAACGUUUUACUUUAUCUUUUUUUUAUUUUUUAUUGGGUGUAAAGAGGUUGAAAGUUGUAGUUUUUUUUUCUUAUUUAUUCUCCUGAAUCUGCAUGCCUGGUCUCACCCCACGUGAAUACUGCCUGGAUAUUUUUCUUUCAUAUUCUGCUAAUAACGUGUGUUUGCUUGUUUGCGUCGUUUUGAGUUUUGGAGCGACAGUCUGAAGGACCGGGCGGGUUGUUGGGUGCUGUCGUCAACUCGAGUCGCACAUUUCUAAACUAGUGCUUCCAACCUUUCUGGCCGCGUGUCGAACCACCCGUGACGUCUGCCGAGGCCAGAAGGGACCACUGUGUUCACCGUGUGGGUUGUGGUUCUUGUUUCUCUCUCUCGCUCUUUUUUUUUCUUUCUUAUCCUCCGUUCCAGUUUUAUUAGGGAACUAGAGAUUUAUGAAUUCCCAGUAGGAAAAAUCAACUGGACCGCCCUCCGUAAACCCCACGGGGAAACUGGAAGCAAGUCCGUCACGACUUGUAAGGUGGACUCAAUAUGGCGGCUCCUCCAGUCAACAAUGGAAACGUUCAUUUUUAGGAAACACACAGGUAAGACUGCGUCACCGCUUAGUGUGCGACUCUAAACUGAGUGGUGAACAAAUUAAAAGUGGCGUUUGAUUGUAGAGCGUAAAACUUAAAUUGAUAUUUGUAGCUAAUGCAAACGAUGUUUACGGGCGUCGCCAUCUUGAAAUUCCAACUUCCUAACUCGAACGCCGUUAGCUCGGGUCUGACGUCAAAACCCAACACCGAGUUUCAACUUCGCAGGUAACCUGAACGCAGCAUUACAUUGCCUGUGCGUGGAUACCUUGACAUGAACGCAACCGGCUUACUUGAGGCGGGAUAAAAAUCCCACUCCUCAGUAAUAGAAGCAGCUUUUAUUGAAAUCGGGCAGUUGCUUGUGUGUUUGCUUGUCGCGCGGAAGUAGAUGGGAAGUGUUAGCUUCCGGUUUGCAGAUUUAACUUAGCGGAGUAGGAGGAUGAAAAUGGAAAACAAGAGGAUGCUUUUUUCUUCUUUUUUUUUAAAUGAAAAAAAAAAACCCUCAGUGAAACAGCCCCCCACUGCCAAAACAAGCGAAAUAAAAACCGCCUGAACCUUGAAUUGUCCUGUUACAGCCAGGAAGUAACAGCGAACUGCCAAAUUUCAGCGCCUCGUUUAUCUGGUGACUCGGAUCUCCCUCUAAACGUUAAUAUUUCAACACAAAGCUGUUCACUGCCCGGUGACAUGUUGCCAACAGCCUGACUAUAUUUCUAAAAAAGAAAAAAAAAAAAAGCCUAUAUGUGGACGCAGCCAUGAACGUUUUCACAUUUUUAAACCAUAAGAUUUGAGUGAGUCGGGUGGAGACGGCCUGUUUCGUGUUUGUGUGAUCCGGUUCUACUUAUCCAAAGCUUUUUUAAAAAGGAGGCCGAGCCGUGAUCGGGGGAAGUCCGUGGAAAGCUUUAAGAUGGAGGUUAUAAUGGCAGGAAAAAAAGUAACAUGGUUUCAGGGUGGUGUUGGUUUUGAGGCAGGUUCCGAUUUCAGUCAGACACGGAGGAAAAAGUCCAGCGGUACUUCUGUCUUUCUAAAGAGUUGAGCAGGGAUGUGUGAUUGUAAAUGCUUGUCCAUGUUGUCUUCUGUCUGACUCUUAAUUUUUAUUUCAACCUGUUUUUUUCCUCUUCUACAUCUCUUUUCUUUAUAUCUGUGUGAAGUGUUAGUUUAUUGUCCCGACGUGCUCACAAGUUAGUUAACCGUGUGCUAGUUCUUGUGUAACUUUUUUAGCAUUAGCGCUUAUAAGGGAGAGUAAUAUAAUUAACAAUUAAAAGAUCGAAAGUAAAAAACAAAACAUAAACUGACAUUUACUUGUGUGACUCAUUUCCCUGUGUAAUACAAUGAACAUCCUUAAAAAGCAAACUUAAAUAUCAAUAAAAGCUUAAAGAGGAA